GUCGCAGCCUCAGGUGAGGUGUAGCUCUCAAGGAACCUUUGCUGAAAGCUCAAGCUCCUCCCACUCCCCACAGUUCCUUGUGUUUAAUUGGUCGAGUGAAAGAGAGGUGGAGACUGGGCAGAGAACACAUAAACAGAGCUGAGGCAGACAACACAAUUAGCCUACUACAGGAACACCCCGAGGAUUCAGACUACUCACCCCAAAGACCAAAGAGGAGUUUGUGACCGAGAAAAAGAAGAGUUCAUAAUUUCAGACAAAGCAGGAACAAAAGCAGACAGAUCAAACAUGGCUCCAGUGCUCAGCUCCCAGUUGGACCUGUACCCUACAGAUCCUGUGCCUCUGGUCCACUUGGACUGGUCCCCUACAGAACCCCAUCCUCUGGUCCAGCUGGAUAUGUCCUCCACAGACCCUGAGCCUCUGGUCCAGUUGAGGAGGGUCUCAGUGGUGCUGGUGGACUGCUGUAGAACACAAGGACAGCUAGGGAAGGACAAAUACAGCAAGACAGGAGUUGGACAUCAAUGUACAGUAGAGAAACUCAUCAAGUGUGAAACAUGUGACGAGAGAUUCAAUCAAGUAGCAAGUCUCAACAAACAUACAGGAGAGAGACCGUUCCACUGCCCACAGUGUGACAAGAGUCUUCCACAAAAGAAACAUCUCAAAAGACACCAGUGUGUUCGAACAGGAGGCAGGCUCUAUGAUUGCCCUCAUUGUGGCAAGACAUUUUCUCGAAAGGAACAUCUCAAACUUCACCUGCGCGUACAUACUGGAGAGAAGCCGUACCACUGCUCCCAAUGUGACAAAAGAUUCAGUGUUAUGGGGAGUCUCAAAAAACACCAACGUAUACACACGGGAGAGAGGCCAUACCACUGCUCCAAGUGUGACAAGAGAUUCAUUGACUUGGGGAGUCUUAAAAAACACCAGCGUAUACAUACAGGAGAGAGGCCAUACACAUGCACCCAAUGUGGAAAGGGUUUUAGUGAUGCAGGAAACCUUCAGGUACACAAACGUGUUCAUACCGGAGAGAAGCCGUACUCCUGUUCCCAAUGUGACAAGAGUUUCAGUUAUAUGGGGAAUCUCACAGUACACCAGCGUAUACAUACAGGAGAGAAGCCAUACCACUGCACCCAAUGUGGCAAGAGUUUCACUGCACUGGAGAGUCUCAAGAAACACCAGCACAUUCAUACAGGAGAGAGGCCAUACCACUGCUCUCAGUGUGACAAGACUUUUAAUGAUGCAGGAAAACUGCAGAUUCACCAACGAGUUCAUACAGGAGAGAAACCGUACUCCUGCUCCCAAUGUGGCAAGAGAUUCAAUCAUGCGGGAAAUCUCAAAAUACACCAGCGUAUACAUACUGGAGAGAGGCCUUACCACUGCACCCAGUGUGACAAGAGUUUCACUGAAAAGGGUAAUCUCAAGAGACACCAGCGCAUUCAUACAGGAGAGAGGCCUUACCACUGCUCUCAAUGUGGUAAGACUUUUAGAUGUGCAAAAACACUCAAACAACACCAGCGCACUCAUACAGGAGAGAAGCCAUACCACUGCUCCCAAUGUGACAAGAGAUUCAAACAUUUGAACAGUCUCCAAAUACACCAGCGUAUACAUACAGGGGAGAGGCCGUACCACUGCACCCAAUGUGGCAAGAGUUUCACUGAAAAGGGAAGUCUCAAGAUUCACCAGCGAGUUCACACAGCUGAGAGGCCAUACUCAUGCACCCAGUGCGGCAAGAGAUUUAGAGGUGCGAACGCUUUCAGACAACACCUGCGUAUACAUACAGGAGAGAAGCCAUACCAUUGCAACCAAUGUGACAAGAGAUUCACUGAAGUGGGUAAUCUCAAAUUACACCAGCGUAUACAUACAGGAGAUAGGCCGUACCACUGCACCCAGUGUGACAAGAGUUUCAUUCAAGAGUACCGUCUCAAAGAACAUCAGCGUAUACAUACAGGAGAAAGGCCAUACUCUUGCACUCAAUGUGACAAGACUUUCAUUCGAGAGGCAUGUCUCAAAGUACAUCAGCAAAUACAUACAGGCGAGAGGCCGUACUGUUGCACCCAAUGUGACAAGAGUUUUAGUCAGGCAAAAGCACUCAAGAUACACCAGCGUGUACAUAUAGGAGAGAGGCCAUAUCACUGCACCCAAUGUGGCAAGAGUUUUUCUCAAAAGGCUUAUCUCCAAAUUCACCAACGUGUGCAUACAGGAGAGAGACCUUACUCCUGCACCCAGUGUGACCGGAAAUUUGCUCAAGUGGGGAGUCUCAAAAGACAUCAGCGUACACAUACAGGAGAGAAGCCAUACCACUGCCCCCAAUGUGGCAAGAGUUUCACUCAAAUGAUGGGUCUCAAAUCACACCAGCGUAUACAUACAGGAGAGAAGCCGUAUUCCUGCACCCAGUGUGAUAAGAGUUUUACUAGAAAGGAUCAUCUUACAACCCACCAGCUAUUGCACUCAGGAGAAAAGCCGUACCACUGCUCCCAAUGUGACAAGGCAUUUAUUGCGAUGUGUCAUCUCAAGAGACACCAAAACAAUCACACAGGAGAGAAGCCAUACAGCUGCUCUCAGUGUGAUAAGAGUUUUACUAGAAAGGAUCAUCUUACAAGGCACCAGCUAUUGCACUGAGGAGAAAAGCCGUACCACUGCACUCAGUGUGACAAGCGUUUCACACAGCUGGGACACCUGAAACUUCACCAGCGUACUCACGCAGAAGAGAGGCUGUAACACAGUAUUUCGCGUUGUCAAAGCCUCACACAGCAAAAUCAUCUGAACUAACUCUCACAGGAUUCUAUGUAUAUUCAGUAUAAGGAUUUAUGUACUUCAGGUGUGUGGCAUACAUAAAAAAACACAAUGAGAUCACAUGAAAGCAGGGGAGUGCUGAACGGUUAAAUGUGCAUCUUAUCUAUGAUUUGCUGGAACAGUUUGUUAAGUUUUUAUGGUCCAGGCUUGACUAGGUUGUUUUUGUUGCCGUUUUUGGAGCCUGGGCUGUCCACAAAGACCACAUUCAGGGCACAGGCAGCUAGCGGAUGGUGAGGUGAUGUUUGCUGUAUGGAACAAAAAAUGUUUUAGAUUAGAAACCACGUAGCAUCGCUUAGAGUGCCUUUAAUAAAACAGUUUAGAAAUAAUUGUGAUGGUUAAAGGACAAUUUCUGAAACCAUAAUGUACAUCUCUUACUAAUGUGUCAUUGUAUUGCUUGCUUUUUGA